AUGUUGUUAUAUGUCAGUUGGCAGCACGACGGACUCGAACCAUGCGCCACUGCCCCCGCGGCAGAGCCUGACAGCCUUCACAUCAUCAGCAGCAGCAGCAGUAGAGAAUAUAAUCCACGGAGGUUUUAUAUCGGAUCCAACUUCUUUCCAGGAAAGGUUACGGUGUCUUUAGCGAAGGCUCCAUCAGCACACAGGACAGAGCCAACAGCGACGGUUUCCAGACCUGCCGAGCCUGAUGACUCCUCUGGGAUUGUUGCUUCUGUGAAAGCCAGGCUGAAGGCCCCGCUGCCAGCCCCUUCUAGCUCCUCAGCUCAGAUGAUAUGUGGACUUCAGCAUGUGGAGUCAGGCUGUCGUCAUGUUGUGUUAAAUUGUGACAAGCACAGGGUACAACCCAACAUCCCAGCUGCUGUAGCUAUGGAGACCGAGGAUCACUGCCCUGUUGCUGUGGUGGCCACAGACUCUCAGGAGACCAGUGAAGAUCCAGUUGGAGUGGUGCUGAUCACACAGCUGGAGUGGUCUUUCAGCAGGGCUCUGAAGCAGUUUCCGGUCCCAGCGGUCCCAGCACACAGCUGCUACCGAGGCAGUGUUUCAUGGAUACAGGUCAUUCAAAUUACCUACCUACCAUCCUCCUACAGACCAGUUAAUGGUCAGGCUUAA